AUGCCUACCAGGUUCCUGUGCCUUGCAGGCGCUUUUGCCAAUGACGAAAAAUUCAAGGUGCAGAUGGCGCCUUUCAUCAACGAGAUGGAAAGUGACGGCACUGCUGACUUUUACUUUGCUCAUGGCCAGCAUGAAGCGAACCCUCCGCCGGGGUUCGAAGAAUUCUUCGGAGGGCCUCCAUUCUACCGCUGGAUGGAACAAGUUCAGGGCCCCGUGGAGCAUGACGGCCUCGAAAAGAUGCGCGACUUUCCCCAGGGUGCGUCUCCCGAAGACACAUUGCGGAUGUUUGCCCCCAUUGGCUCGUCGGAAGCUCUCGCUACAACCGCCUCCCAGGCACUAGACUAUGUGAAAGGCAUCAUCAAAGAACACGGCCCCUUUGAGGCCAUUAUUGGGUACUCGGAAGGCGCCAUCCUUGCAGGGACGGUAAUCAUGCGUGAGGCAGACUGGAGUGUACAGGGUGACUACAAGAACCACUUCAAGCUCGCUAUGUUCUUCGGCGGAUGGCCACCGCUCAAGAAGGACCUGACUGGGUUCAUGUACAGCGACGAGACGGACGAAGUGAUCCCAAUACCUGUAUGCAACGUUAUCGGCUCGCUGGACCCUUACGUAGACGGCUCAAUGGCCCUCUACAACGUCUGCGACCCGGACACUGCAGUACUCUUUGAUCACGCGAAGGGUCAUACGCUACCCCGCACCAAGGACACGGUCAAGGAGCUCGGCGACACCAUUCGAGACAUGAUCCGUGAGGUGCGUGAGCGCGAGCAGGAGCAGUAA